CACACUUGUCGUUGUCUCUCAUAAAAACUUAUGUUUUAAUUUUUAAAAUUCAGAUGUAGGUUAACACACUGUAAAAAGUUGACACAUAACAGAUUAAUUUAUUGGAAUUUGUAUACGAAUGUAUGGAACUGAGAAAGAUCGUUCUUUUGAAUUAAAUUUUAAAUGUAAAUAAAUAAAAAUGGAGGAAAAAUAUAUUUUGUCUUUAGAUAUUGGAACAACAACAAUUCGUUCUGUAAUUUAUAAUAUUCGCACAGAAACUAUAGUUAAAAAAGCUGAUAAUGUUGUGCUUCAUUAUCCAACUACGGGCUAUGUUGAAAUUGAUCCGGAUGAGUUAUGGGCAUCGGUUGUAGAUGUAGUGAAGAAGGCUCUACAAAGUGCAAACCUUAGCCCUGGGCAGAUAACGGCCAUGGGUAUAUCAACACAGCGUAGUACAUUCAUAACAUGGAGCAGAAGUACAGGAAAGCCAUUCCAUAGAUUUAUUACAUGGAAAGAUAUGAGGGCAGAUAAAUUGGUAAAGCAAUGGAAUGCAUCAUAUUUGUGGAAGGUUAUAAGGACGGGCGCAUACAUCUUGUUUCUAAUGUCACGGAGUAAAAGAUUUCGAGCUGGAAGUGUUUUGAAAUUCACAAAUAACCAGACAACAAUCAGACUGUACUGGGCAUUGCUUAAUAUACCCGAGUUGAAGGCUGCUGUUGAGAGGAAUGACGCGAUGUUCGGCACUCUUGAUACGUGGCUCUUAUAUAAAUUAACAGGUAGCAAACUCCACGUAACAGACGUCUCGUCCGCAUCUGCAACAGGUUUCUUUGACCCGUUCACGAUGAACUGGGCGGGGUGGGCCAUGUCUAUAUUCGGUAUACCGAUGGCAGCGUUGCCGAAGGUCGUCGACACCGCGGGUGAUCACUUCACUAGCACCGUACCAGAUAUAUGGGGCGCGGCGAUACCUAUCAGGUGUUGUAUAGCCGACCAAACGGCUUCCAUGUGGGGCUCGUGUUGUUUCGAGGAGGGUGAAGUGAAGCUGACGAUGGGGACCGGAACGUUCUUCAACAUCAACACGGGGUCCUCCCCACACGCCAGUGUCUACGGUCUGUACCCCAUCGUCGCUUGGAGACUCGGCUCUGAGUUGGUCUUCUCCGCUGAAGGCGCAAACAACGACACGGCCAGUAUCAUACAGUGGGCGCAGAAUUUAGGUUUGUUCGAGAACCCAGAGGACAGUGCCGGUAUAGCAAUGUCAGUGUCGGACUCGGAUGGAGUUUUCUUUGUACCCGCAUUUAGUGGACUUGGUCCACCGUACAACGAGUGCACAGCCGCAUCGGGGUUCGUCGGGAUGAAGCCGUCCACUACUAAAGCGCAUUUAGUUCGAGCCGUACUCGAGUCCAUUGCUUUUAGAACGGCCCGGUUGUAUGAAUGUGUUAGAAAAGAGACGGAGUACUCGCUACAUACCAUUAGGUUGGACGGAGGCGUAUCUAAUAAUGAUUUCGUGGCUCAGCUGGUAGCAGAUUUAACCGGUCUCAGAGUAGAGAGACCAGUACAAGUGGAGAUGUCUUCUCUUGGCUGUGCUCAUAUUGUGGGUCUGCAGUUAGGAAUAUUCAAAUCGAAGGAUGAAAUAAAAUCGCUCCGAAAGAUCGGCACCGUAUUCACUCCACGAGAGCAAGUCAAAAAGUCGUAUAACGCAAUCAUAUCGAGGUGGGAAGACGCAGUUAGAAGAAUGUUUGGAUGGUACGAUGUCACACCAUCAACCAGCUCAGUAUCUGCUACGAGGGAUCUAACGCCACAGAGUAACUACAGGAAUUCUAAAGAGAAGAUCGGGAAAUGUUUGUAGCAGUGGCUUUUGUUGAUCGCUGUUGCGACAGGACUCAUAAUUAGAUGAUAAAUGAACUAUUUCAGUUGUCCUGUAUUACCUGUUCAAAGUUUAACUAGCUGGACUAUAUCCGUCUGUUAGCCUAAUACCACAGAGUAAUUAAGAAAAGAGAUCGAUGAAAUGGAUAUUUUGCAGUUAAGUGAUAUUUGAUCCAUUUCAUUAGUGCUCCAUAAAUGGAUAAGUUGUUGGUUUUUAGUCACCAGCAGUUUAGUAAAGAUUAGUAAUUGUCCUAUUAACAAACGCAGUGUUAAGUUACUCCAAGUUUAAAACUUUGUGUUAUUACAAAAAAGCUAAACAUGUAUUGAACACUUAUUUUAAAAAAGUUCUAUUACAAAUCUGUGUCUUUCUGGUGUUUAGCGUUCAAAAAUCGUUGAAUAUUGCUAAUAUUUAAACAUGAGUCAAAGCUUGUCUAACUGAUAGAUCAUAUUCAGGAAUAUUUAGUAUUAUUAUGACAGCUGUCAAAGAUUGCGUUCCGUCCCUUUUUGUUCCUGUACACUUCACUUUAUGUUGUGUUUAACGUCGUUUUAGUUAAACACAAGCUAAACACUGUUUUGUAAUAGUAAAAGAUAAACUCUAUUUUAGACGUUGUUAUUGUUACGUCACUGACGUUGUUAUAGUAAGAUCACUGUCUACAUAAAUAUAUGACAGGGAGAAUAAUUUUAUACUGUGUUUUAAGACAGUAAGGGUAUUAUUAGAACCUAUGUGCCAACGGUAAGACAUAUAUACCUAACGGUAUAUGUAACUGAGUAGCUACUGGACUUUGAAAAAGAUAGUAAAGUAUAAGUAAAUAAAAAAUUAGUUAUUAAGUAAAGUAUGCAUUUAUUCAUGACAACACAAAUAUUAUAUACAUAGUAAAAUUAACAAAUUAAAAAUACGGCGUCAUGAAAAGGACACCCACUCAGCAUUUUUGGAAUUGAAAUAAGGAUCACAUAAAUUCCAACACUGAUUUUCAGUAAGUACCUACCAAGUCGACCUGUUGGCAGCAGCCGUAGACAACACGGUUCCUUUUGUGGUCUUAAAAGUGACCGUUUAAAAAUAGUACAAAAAGAAAAAAAUAAUGAUUAUAUGCUAAUAGGAGUUUAAAUUUUUUUUUAUUAUAUUAAAUAGGAUAUUAUGUUUUGAUCUUUUAUUUAUUGAAGCUGUUUAUUAGGGUGAUGUUUGAUCCUGAUCAAAUCGGAUUACGGGUAGGAUUAAGUAAAAAAUAAUAUAAGUUAUCCAGGGUUGCUACAAAAAUAUAAGAUUGUUAGUGGUUGUUGAUUAUUGCGUUGUUAAGAAGAUAGUCUAAGCUUGGUUUGUUUCCCGUGUUGGCUGGGAUCGUUUGAUUUAAUAUCUAUUAGUAUUAUUUAUUUAGUAAGAAAUUGUUUUUAUAUUGAAUUGGGUUAUAAAUAUAAGAUUUGUAUUUUUUAA